CCUACCUCCUAUUUUGGUAUGCAAUGUGGUGCCACCCACAUGAACUGGACCAGAGUAUAAAGAGCUGCUGCAGCAGCAGCCUCUUUACCUUCUGCCCAGCUCUGCUAUAGUGGACCAGAGGACAACUCAUCAUGAAGCUGCUCCUGUGUCUCUGCCUGGCUCUGGCUUUGGCAUUGGCUCAAGAUCCCCAUGGAAAAAAGAAAGAUCAUCAUGGACAAGCUGGGGAUCAACAUGGACACGGUGGGGACCACCAUGGACAUGGUGGGGACCACCACGGUGGAGCUUUAGAUCGUUGUAAAGGUAUUGAGAUGGACGCUGCAACAGAGAAUGAGGAGGGCAUCCCUUACUUUUUCAAGGGUCCACACUUAUACAAGGGCUUCAGUGGCAAAGCUGAGUUGGCUAAUUCAUCUUUUACUGAGUUGGACGACCAUCACCAUCUGGGCCACGUAGAUGCUGCCCUCCGUAUGCACUACAAAGAUGAUCCCACCCACCAUGACCACAUCUUCCUCUUUUUGGACAACAAAGUAUUUUCUUACUACCAACACAAGCUGGAGGUAGGGUAUCCCAAGGAAAUCUCCGAAGUCUUUCCUGGAAUCCCAAACCACCUGGAUGCUGCUGUGGAGUGUCCUAAUCCAGACUGUGAUGAGGACUCUGUCAUAUUCUUCAAGGGAGAUGACAUCUACCACUUUGGUAUUAAAAGCAAGAAAGUAGUGGAGAAAACAUUUGAGAACAUGCCCAACUGCACCGUGGCUUUCCGGUACUUGGGUCAYUAUUACUGCUUCCACGGCCACAAGUUCUCCAAGUUUGACCCAAAAACUGGUGAGGUCCAUGGGAAAUACCCCAAAGAGAUUCGUGGCUACUUCGUGAGGUGCCCAAAGUUUGGUGAUGACAGUAAUCAUCUGGACAGAGAGCGCUGCAGCCAUGUUCACCUGGACGCCAUCACGUCUGAUGAUGCUGGUAACAUUUACGCCUUCAGAGAAAAACACAUAUAUGACGUGGAUCUGUCGGUCAAACCUCGUGUUGCAGCCAAUCAGCGUCCGCUGUCCCACCUGAAGAAGGUGGACGCCGCCAUGUGUGGUCCUGCAGGAGUCACCGCGAUCGUAGGGAACCACUUCUAUCGCUAUCAGAGCACCAUGAUCUUUGUCGCUGGCAGGAUUCUGCCCCUGCAGGAGAGGGUGUCCAAGGACCUGCUGGGCUGUGAUCACUGAGCAGCUGGUUAGGACUGAAGGGAUGGUGCAGGGUGUCACCAACAACACAAACAUCUGGCAGGAGGCCACUACAACACGCUUCAUGCAGCACUUCCUUCUGCAUCUUCUUACCUCAAACAUGAAUCUCUUAUUUCCUUUAGAAGGAUGCUGUUUUUGAUUUACACUCUGUGGUCCUCUGUGUGCCGCCAGGAAGUUCAACUGUCAUAAGGUGGUUUUACUGUGUAGUGUUGUUGUGAAUAAAGGUGUGAGGCAACUAA